AUGCUUUUAAUAUAUGCUCAUAUUUGGUUAAUUUACAUCCUCUAUUUGCGAAAGACUUACUGUAGCGAACAAAUUACAGAAUCUUUGUUCAUAUAUCCACUGUCACAAGGUAAACGAGUACUUUUAAAUUACGAAGUCUCAUUUUUUAUCAAUAAUGAUAUCAAAUUUGAAGACCCAAAAUUUUUUCCUAAUGAGAUAAUUUCAUUACUUAAAGUUGGGAAUAUUGCAAACAUUAUUGCUUCUACGACACAAGGUAAAUGGAGAGAUUAUAGUUGGGGUACUCCUCCUAUUCAAAUAUAUCCUUCUGGAUCAUUAAUAGAUAUAUUAACAUAUAAUAGACAUCUCUUACCUGAUAAUGAAUGGAAUUUUUUAGUUAAUUCUAUUGGAGGAAUACUGUGUAAUUCCUUGGAUGAAAUGUCAUUAGUUAAAGUACAGAACAAUCGUUGUUUAAAAAUAGAACCUACCAUUGAAUUAAAUAAUUUUAAUAAUGCACAAAUACCUUUGUUUAGAACUUUAUGUACAUCUCCAGAUGACUAUACAUGUUCAGAAAAUUUACUUUGUUUGAAAAAGCUCCUUCCAUGUGAACUAACAAAUAGUUUAGGGUAUUAUAUGAAGUUGGGAGAAUUUUUAUUAUCUCCAUAUAAAUCUAUUGGGAUCAAUUUUUUUAGAGAAUCAAAGAGAUUUCGUCUUAUUAUAUUUCUUCAGUUUGUUUUGAACUCAACUCUGAACUCAGAACAAUGGCAUGUUAAAGAUAUAUGGACUCUUUUAAACAUACAAAGACCAAAUUUAAAAACUAAAAUGUGCCCUGUAUAUGAAAAAUCAUUAUUCAGAAUAUAUUUGGGUGAUUAUAUAACAAAUUUUAUUAACCAAAUAAAUAUAUCAAAAACUAAAACCCACAUAUUUUCAGAGAACUUACUUUGUAAUAUUAUUAAUAAAAGACAAAAUUAUUUCUUAGAUAUUGAAAUAAAUAAUCAAAAUAUACGAAAUGGAUCAAUAACAUUGGAUUUAACAUUUUUAAAGGAAAGAUGUAAUCUUUAUUUCUUAACAAAUAUCCAAGAUCUAAUAUUGGGUAAAACUCCUAAUCAAAUUCAAAUUAGUCGACAUUUUACAGAUAUAUAUGGUAAAAUAAAAGUUGGAUCUAGAAGAGAAUCUGGAAAAAUAUUAUUAUCUUUUAUAAAUAAUUAUGAUCAGGAUAUUGAGAUCUGCCAUUGGGAUAAAUUCCCCAGAUACUUAAGACCUUGGUUUGAAACAAUUAAUGUUGAAGUAAUCUCAAAUAUUAUACAUAAUUCUUUUGAAUUACCAGUAAAUAAACAUAUUAUAAAAUCAUAUAGUGGAUCACAAGCUAUUUUAGAAAUGAAUUUAUCAUUUGGACUAUCUAAAGAUGGCACAACAUAUUUCCAUUUUUGUUACAAUAUUGGCUAUAAUACAACUUUAAUAGCAAAAAUGGAAUAUAGGAAAUUACACAUAACUCUUGAUGAAAUAGGUAGUUCACCUGAAAGAGGUCUUCAUGUAUCUCCUUCAAUCACAAAGUGGAGAUUUAUUUAUAGCAAUACAGAAUUUCAAAUUGGUACUGACUAUGAUAAUGAUAUAAAUUAUAUUGAUGAAUCAUAUAAAGAUACUUCAGAUGAAUCAGAUUUUUCCAUAGUUUAUCAUGAUUCUCCUCUUAUUUUACUUCCACUAGUAGAUUCAAGUAUGGCUUUUAAUAUCGUAGCCUUCACUUCAUCUAUAUUAGCAUUAGCUUUAGUCAUAACCUCAAGAUUAGCACUUUCAAAUGAGAAUAAGGAAAAAAUAGAAUAA